AUGUCGGAGCCGUCUCUGGCCAGGAACUUCUCCCACAGCACCUUUGUGUUUAGAGGAUUUCCUGAGUUGCACCAACACCGCCAGCUGCUGGCGCUGCCGUUCUGCGUGUCCUACCUGCUGGUGCUGCUGGGAAACUCUCUGCUGGUGUACGUGAUCCACAGCGUGGAGAGUCUGCACAGCCCCAUGUACCUGCUCAUCUGCACACUCUGCAUCGUCGACAUCCUUGUGGUGACCACCAUCAUCCCCAACAUGCUGCUCAGCCUCCUCUUCAACUUGGACCAGAUCUCAUUGGCUGGCUGCUUGACUCAGAUGUUCUUUACCCACUUCCUGUCUUCACUGGAAUCCACGCUGCUGUUGGCGAUGGCGUUGGAUCGUUACGUGGCUGUCUGCCUGCCGCUGCGCUACGCCAAAAUCAUUGACACGUCCAUGUUUGUGAAGCUGCUGCUCUUUACUCUGGUCCGCAGCGGCUCCAUUAUGACCACGCUAGUGGGGCUGGCGGGCUCACUGCACUUCUGUGGUUCCAACACCAUCCAACACGGCUAUUGUGACCACAUGGCACUGGUAAGCCUCGCAUGCGGUAGCACAGAGAAAAACAGUGCGGCGGGCCUGGCUGUGAUCAUCUGCUUUGUGGGCAUUGACAUCCCUCUAAUCUUCUUCUCCUACAUGAAGAUUCUGAGCGUCGUCCUGAGGGCGGCGGCUGCCGGGGAGGACCGCUGGAGGGCCUUUCACACAUGUGGCACUCACCUGAUCGUCAUGAUGUGUUUCUACCUAGUGGGGACUGUCACGUUCCUCUCUCGCAUUCUGAAGAUUCCCAUACCAACGGACGUCAACACGUUCAUGGGGCUCAUGUACAUCCUGUUCCCCGCCACCGUCAAUCCCGUCAUCUACGGCGUCCGGACCAAAGAAAUACGGAAUGGUUUUUUGAGGAUUUUCAAACUCAGAGCAAAGAAAAGGAUGACAGUGAAGGUUUCUCCUGCAGUUACAGCAUGA